AGGCACGUAAGAAUAUGAGAGAGUUAUUCGAGCCUUGGUUUUUGAGUUACAGAAAAGAAUCAAUGGCAGAGGAUAUGACAUAUAUGAGUGGAUGGAAAUUGAUCAAAUCAAACACCCUUCUCCAACUCUAUAUUUCAAUAGUAAAACCCUUUAAACAAACUUACAUUUCGUUUACUCAACAGCACGAAGAGAAACAAGACAUGGCAGUAUCAGAGGCUAUUGUUUCCGCUGUGGUCGAAAGACUUGGAGACUUACUGAUUAGUGAAGCAAAGUUCUUGUCUGGAGUCAGAGCCCAAGUUGAGGAUGCGCAGACCAAGCUGGAGUUCAUGCGCUGUUUCUUACGAGACGCCGAUGCUCAUGGAAGAGACGGGAACGCGGCAGUGCGCCUUUGGGUUGUCAAAGUAAGAGAUACUUCUUAUGAUUUGGAGGAUGUCAUCGAAACUUACAUCUUCAAAGUGGCUUCGGACAGGCACGGACGAGGUAUCAUCAGCGUGCUGAAAGGGUCUGCUUGCAUCUUCAGCAAAGCAAUCGAGAUCCAUAGAGCUGGAUCAAAGCUUGAGAAGAUCUCAUCCAGAAUUUCUGAUCUGCGCUCAAACUUAGACAUGUUUAACUCAGAUAACAUCAUCAAGAAAGAUGACAACGACAUCCAGCAGCAAAGAAAGCUGAGGCGAACUUAUUCUCAUGUUGUGGAGAGUGAUGUUGUUGGAUUCGACAAAGACAUCGAAGAAUUGGUAGCCCGUUUGACUGCAGAAAAGAGUUUUCAAAGCCCAAGGGUGAUCUCUGUGUUUGGGAUGGGUGGUCUGGGGAAGACCACCCUUGCAAGAAAGGUUUAUCAUCAUCCUCAAGUCAGGAGUCACUUUGAUUAUUUUGCUUGGGCCUCGAUAUCUCAGCAGUGUAAUAGACGCAACGUCUGGGAAGAAAUCUUAUUUGCUUUCACUUCUCCCACCAAGGAAAGAAGAGAAAUCCAAAUCCUUAAUGAUGGUGAAUUAGCGGAAGAGCUCUACAACUUUCAGAAAGAGAAGAAAUGUUUGGUGCUCCUCGACGAUAUAUGGUCCACUGACACAUGGGAUCUUCUAAAACAUGCAUUCCCUCGAGGGGACAUUGAUAGCAAGAUUUUACUCACUACUCGAAUAAUGAAUAUAGGUCCUUAUGCGAAUCAACAUUGCUACAUCCAUCAACCUACGCGUCUUGAUGAGAAUCAAAGCUGGGAGCUGUUUCAGAACAAAUCUUCAUAUUUUGGAAAGGAUCAAACAAGCAUAAAAGAUGCGGAAAGAAUGGAAGCACUAGGGCAAGAGAUGCUUAAAUGGUGUUUUGGUUUUCCAUUAGCUAUCAUUGUGCUCGGUGGGCUUCUAUCUACGAAACACUCAGUUGAUGAAUGGGAGGAGAUGAAAAGAAAUGUGGUGAGAUACAUAAGUAAAGGCAUAAUUAAAGGCAGAGAGCAUGGUGACUCGGAAUGCCAUGGUGUUUCAUCGAUGUUAGAUUUGAGUUACGAUGAGUUGCCAUUUUACUUAAAGCCGUGUUUUCUAUACUUGGCUCGUUAUCCUGAAGACGCUAUCAUACGAGUAAAAGAAUUAUGUCUUAUGCUCAUGGCAGAAGAAGGUUUAAUAUUGCCAAGAAGACAUCCAGCGGAAACUAUCGAAGAUGUAGCAUAUGAUUACUUAAGUGAGUUGGUGGAGAGGAGCAUGGUUCAAGUAGAAAAUUGGGGUUUAAGAGGAAAAAUGAAAACAUUUCGCAUUCAUGAUCUUAUGCGAGACUUGUGUGUGUCUAAAGCUCAAGAUGAGAAUUUUCUACAUCUUAUUGAUUUGAGGAGUCAGGUGGAAGAGCCACUAAAACCUGUAUCUACCGUAACAAGGAGAGUUUCCAUUUAUUCUCAUAGCUACUCUGGUGAUGAUGUUUUUAGUUUUCUUGAUAGCUUAAAUGGCUCUCUUAGGUGCCUUACUAUAUAUUGGGGAGGUACCAUACAACAAGAUUUGAGACAUGUGUUUAAUAGUUUUUUCAUGCUUAGGAUUUUAAUUCUAAGAUGCUCGAGCUAUAAUAGUUUGAAGUUGCCUAAAGAAAUUGGAAAACUUAUUCACCUAAGGUUGUUGAGUAUUGAUGGCCCUGUGGAAAAGAUCCCAUCUUCUAUUGGUAAUUUGAGAUGCCUGCAGACUUUGGCUUUAAGGUUAAGACUAUGGUGGAGUUUUGAAAGAAUACCAGAUGUACCAGAUGUAAUCUGGAAGUUAGAACAACUUAGAUAUUUACACUUCUGUAAUACACCGGUGAGGAAAUUGAGGUUAGCUAACAUUAGAAAUUUACAAACAUUGAAAGGUGUUUCAACUGAGUGGUUAGAUUGUAAUGAUUUUCUACAGUUGAGGAAUCUCAAGAAAUUAGAUAUUUUUCUGGGUGAAAAUUUGGAGAAUAUUUACCACGAUCCCCCAACUGUCACAUUUGAUUGUCUUCGGCAUUUACAACUAGUGCAACACUGAAUGCUACAGAUGUUGUUCCUGCGAUAUUAAGCUACCCUCAAAUAUAUAAGCUUAAAGUGGGUGGGAGAAUAGUAAAAUUACCAGAAUACAACCAAUUCUCCCCAAACCUUAUCAAGUUAAGCUUAACUAGGACUCAUCUUAAGGAUGAUCCAAUGCCAACCCUAGAAAAGCUAUCGAGUUUAAGAGUCCUUUCCUUAUGGAGUAGCUAUGAUGGGAAUGAGAUGGUGUGCUCAAAAGGAGGUUUCCCUCAACUGGAAUCUCUUCAGAUUAGAAAUCUAGAAAACUUAGAAGAGUGGAAGGUGGAGGAAGGGGCCUUGUCCAGUCUUCGCUCUUUGUGUAUUAGGAGUUGCAAGAGAUUGAGGAGAGUUCCUGAUGGAUUAAGAUACAUUACUACGCUUAAGGAAAUGAAGAUCAUGUAUAUGCGUAGGGAAUUCAAAGAAAGGGUGGAGGAAGGAGGAGAGGAUUUCUACAAAGUCCACCACGUCCCAUCCCGUUUAUUUAUCGGUUGUUAUUAUGAAUAAUAUGAGCUGCAGCGAGAAGACGAUGAGUUGUUUGUUUGGAAUAGUAUAGUUCCGGAGAGCCACCACUUAACAGGGGAAUGGGUAUGGGUGCUGCUCUUUCCUUUGAUUUCACUCCACUGGUGCACAACUGCUAUGGCAUUGCCUCCUCUAUUCAACUGCUAGACACUGUCAGAAAUCGUUGACUCAUUAGGACUGAAAGACCCCUGUAAAAAAAAAACUGGGUGGACUUGCUGGAUUUCUUCCUUGUUGGAGGUGAAGUAUAUUGGCAAUCUUUCAGCAGAGACAGUAACUACUUUAAAGUUUAGUUAUGUGUGUUCUAUGAGCCCUAUAUAUCAUAGUAUGUUGAACCAUAUGUAGCACACUUUUCUACUAUCUUGUUUAAAUAUAUACACGAACUGUUGCUAUUCAUGAGAGAUGAACAACAUUACAUUGUUACUGCUCUUCUGUGCCUUAGAUUUACAUGUCUGCGGAAUGGUACGAGCCAAGUUGCUGUCUGGAGUGACCUCUUCAUGGAAGUGUGGCUAUUGUCGAAGCUCUUGUACGACGAUUGCAUAAGUUUGGUGGACAACUUUCUCUAACCUAAAAUGUGAUACCAAUGAUGGCUUAUCACUAUAUGACAUUGUUUGGUGUUGUUUUUAACUCUGAAUCAAGGCAUAAACAAGGACUUUCGAAUUCAUCAUAUAGUCGGAAAUGACUGGGAAAAAGGAGUUGAUGCUGAUCAAAAUGUUGUUCUAAUAUCUGUACCAAGUGUACAUAGUCUUGGUCUUGUGCCUCCUCAGAAACAUGUAUUACAUGCUUAUCUGCCAGGAACUAAACCUUAUAAACUAUGGAAAGGACUUGAUCAUCUAAUAUCUGAAAGAUCAGAGCAAAUCAGGUUAUGUUGAGAGCAGUGGAAGGUGCAAUUGGUCCCGGGUUCAGCAGGGACAAGUGUGAAGUGAAGUUUGUUGGAUCCCCAUUGACACACGAACAAUUUCUUAGGAGUAACAGAGGAAGAUAUGGGCUAGCCAUAGAAGCUGAAACUGGCAGCUUUCCCUGACAUAGGAGUCCCUGCAGUGGCUGCCAGAGGAGCCACAACACUCGCAACUCCUUUUAUAUGCUUUCUUCAUUACCUAAGUUGGCCUCUCACUUCUUUUAUUUUCCCAACGAAACAAUGAUUAGUUUGAGAAUUGUUAUGAUUCUCUAUAUAGCUUGUAAUAAUUAGUCUUGAUUGUUCAUACUAAACCUGAGAAGUACUUUUUUUUUUAAUCUUCAUAUCUGAAACUCUGUAGUUACAAAGGCCAAUGGGACUGGCAAUUAUACAGAUCAAUAACAGUGAUAAAAAAACUUGAACCGUACAA